AAUAUUAUUAUAAAAAAAUUAUAUUUAAGAAAAAAAUAAAUAAAUAUAAAUAUAUGUUCUUCUUUCUCUCUCUUUCAUUUAUAGCUUUGUUGGAGUUGAGCCAAAUAGGAGCAGUGAAGGGUGAGACUCACAUGGUGUUUGUUUCGUGAUCUAACCUGCUCCCGAUUCUCGGCUUGGUCAAAGGAGCAAGGGUUUUUCUUUUUUCUCACCAAUUUCGGUAAUAAAACGAUAACUAGUUUCGAUUCUAUUGUUGUUCGACUGUUAUAGGAUUUGUUUUAAGGAUUGUGUUUGGGAAAUUUGUAAUUUUUGUUGUUGUUGUUGUGAGAUUUGUGGUUAUUGUUGAAAAUCUGGUGGUGGGUUCUGUUUUGUUAUGAUGUUUGAUGAUCUAAAUUUAACUUGAUUGAGCAUUGAAUAGGGUUGGGUUGAAUUGUUGUAAGAGGGUAAUUGAGGAAUAUGGUAAUGCUUGAUUUUUGAAUUAUGGUUGUGUUAGUUGUCACAAAUUGAGUAAAAGAUUGGAUUUUGGAGAUAAUGAAUGUGCAAGUUUGAUCUCCUCAAUGGAAGGUCAUUUGUCUCAUGGAGGGAUUAUUCCUGGUGGGGCCUCUUAUGGAGGUCUUGAUUUGCAAGGAUCAAUACGGGCUCAACAUCAGGGACAACACCCACAUACCAUACACCAACAACAUAAUCCUAAUCAAUGCCAAACUCCCAAUGUUCGCCCUUCGAUACGUGAGGGUUUCCCGCUUACUAUGGGAACAUUGCAUAGCUGUGAUCAAAGGAUGUCGAUGGUUGAUUACAAUAGUAGGGGGGAAAGGAACAAAAACUCGGCAAGUGAGGAGGAUGAGCCGAGCUUUACUGAAGAGGGUAUUGAUGGUCAUAAUGAAGUCAGUAGAGGGAAGAAGGGAUCAAUAUGGCAGCGUGUCAAGUGGACCGACAAGAUGGUGAAACUUCUGAUUACUGCAGUGUCUUAUAUAGGUGAGGAUGCUGGACCAGAUUGUAGUGGUGGGGGAAGGAGGAAAUUUGCAGUCCUACAGAAAAAGGGAAAGUGGAAAUCUGUCUCCAAGGUUAUGGCUGAAAGGGGUUUUAAUGUUUCACCUCAACAGUGUGAGGACAAAUUUAAUGACCUUAACAAGAGAUAUAAAAGACUUAAUGAUGUGCUUGGGAGGGGAACUUCUUGCCAAGUUGUUGAGAAUCCUGCGCUUUUGGACGUUAUAGAUUACCUAAAUGAGAAAGAAAAGGAUGAUGUAAGAAAAAUAUUAAGCUCGAAGCACCUAUUUUACGAAGAGAUGUGUUCUUAUCAUAAUGGAAAUCGGUUGCAUCUGCCUCAUGAUCCAGCAUUGCAGCGUUCUUUGCAGUUGGCUCUUAGAACUAGAGAUGAUAAUGAUAAUGAAGAUGGGAGGAAGCAUCACCAUGAUGAUCCUGAUGAAGAAGAUCAAGAAGUGGAAAUUGAUGAUCGCGAUGAUUUGGAGGAUAAUAAUGCUUCACAUGGGGACAGAGGAAUGUAUGGGUUAGGGGACUCUGGAAAGAGGUUCAGACAGGGUCUUGGUCAGGGACGUGAAGAUGUUGGCUUCGGGAAUUCAUUGAAUCCGCAUGAUUGUAAUAAAAGCUCUUAUUCUCAACCACAAGUUGCUCAAGCUGAUAUAAACCAAGCCCCACCUGAUGGCACAAAAGUGGCAUGGCUACAAAAACAGUGGGUCGAGUCUCGCUCUUUGCAACUAGAAGAAAGAAAGAUACAAAUUCAAGUUGAGAUGUUGGAAUUGGAGAAACAGCGGUUGAAAUGGCAAAGAUUUUCUAAGAAAAGAGACCGUGAAUUGGAAAAGAUGAGGAUGGAAAAUGAGAGAAUGAAGCUUGAAAAUGAGCGUUUGGCAUUGGAAUUAAAGAGAAAGGAAAUGGGUGGUGGCUUUACUUAACUGCCUUUGUAUCUAAACUUUGUCUACAUGAUUAUUUUCUUUUGUUAUUUUGUUUUCAUUAAGUAAGCCUCGUUCCAUAUCUAUAGAGUAUCAGAUAUUAGGUGGGAGAACCUUUUUUGAAUCUCAACUCUGCCUGGUCAUAAUAGGUUUUAGCUAGUUUCCAUAGCUUGCCCUUUGGUGACAUACCAUUUACCUUUGACUGCAAAAACAUUGUUGAAAGGAUGUUUUUAUCUGUACUCUGUAGUACUGAGUAUUUAAGAACAUAUUUUAUGUCGUUAAUUUGCAUUGUAAAAAUCCAGCUUCCCAUAUAAUAUUGUAUUAAUGUUAGGACUGUUUUAUCUUUCA